AUGAUCAUCGACAUCGACAAGGACCUACCCACUCUGUUCGCCCAGCAGGCGCACGCGACACCCAAUGCCGUUGCGCUAGAAGAUCACACCACAAGCUAUACAUAUGGCGAGCUCAAUCGCGAGGUCGACUCGCUUGCAGCCCGUCUGCGGCUCUACGGCGUCAGUCGCGACUCGCUGGUUGGCGUGCUCCUGCCUCGCAGCGCCGGCUAUGUGAUCGCCUGUCUGGCAGCCCUGCGCGCCGGCGGUGCUUUCCUCGUCCUCGAGCUCGCAUACCCGCCCGGUCUGCUGGCCGAUGUCAUCGACGACGCAAAGCCCGCCGUGGUGAUCACCAUUGGGGCCGAGGCGCAUAAAGUCCAGGCCCAGUGCCCGCUCAUUGCCCUCGACCAGCCCGCCGCCGACCUGAACGGCCACGCCAAAGAGGCAGCCCCCUACCCGCAGAGAACGAUCUCGACCGUCUGGCAUUCGUCUCGUAUUCCUCUGCCAAAGGGCAUCGCGAACCCGCAGCGGGCGCCCGUCCUAUCGUACAACCUCCGCUUCGGCGUGCAGGACCUGCAGCCCGGAGAUCGGGUCGCGUGCAAUGUCUUUUUCAUCUGGGAAAUGCUGCGACCUCUCCUGCGCGGUGCGACCGUCGUCGCCGUCCCGGAUGAGGCCAGCUAUGAUCCCGCUGCCCUGGUGGAUCUACUUGCAUCGAAGAAGAUCACCGAAACCCUCAUGACACCCACACUGCUGGCGACGGUUCUCGCGCGAUACCCGAACAUUGCAUCCCGUCUGCCGGAUCUUCAGUCCCUCUGGCUGAACGGCGAGGUCGUCACGACCGAUCUGGCCCGUCGCGCGAUCAAGGCGCUCCCCGCGACCCGGUUGCUGAACUGCUAUAGCGCCUGCGAGACCCACGAGAUCGCAUGUGGAGAUAUCCGUCAGAUUGUCGAUCCAGAAUCCAUCUACUGCCCCGUGGGACCCCCGUUGGACCCAGCCCAUACAUAUAUUGUCGACGAGAAUGGCGAGGACGUCGGCGUCGGAACUGCUGGCGAGCUCUUCAUCGGAGGCGAGCUGUUGGCGAGGGAAUAUCUCAAUCUUCCCGAGACCACGGCCAAGGCCUUCACCCCGAAUAAGUUCGACUCGAACCCUGGCGCCCGCAUGUAUCGAACUGGCGACCUGGCCAAGCGACUGCCGUCUGGCCUGUUGGAGAUCACUGGUCGCGUGGGCGCGAUGAUCAAGCUGCGUGGAUACUCCGUCGUGCCGGCCAAGGUCGAGAGCGACAUCUCGCAGUAUCUGGCUGUCAGCCACUGUGCUGUGACGGCGCAUGGCGAGGGCCUGGAGAAGCAGCUGGUGGCGUAUAUAGUUGCGGAUGAACCGUCUGAGAACCGGCCGGCUGUCGAGAUCAACGAGUCUGGUCACAGCCCCGCGGCUCGUCGGAUUCUCGAGCCUUAUCUCGCUCAUUAUAUGAUUCCGGCCUUGUGGGUUGAGCUGAAGGAGCUGCCUACCCAUGAUGUGUCUGGGAAAGUUGACCUCAAGAGCCUCCCGCCGCCUCGUAGUGCUAGCCCCAGUGGCAGCGAGAAGACACUGGACAAGGAUCCGAUCGGCAUCAACGAUAUUGCAGCCAUCUGGGCGAAUGUGCUGAAGACUUCAAAGACGUUGCUGAAGCCGGAAGACAACUUCUUCGAUCUGGGCGGUCACUCGUUGUCGCUGGCCGACUUGGCGUCCCGCCUCACUCGACACUUCGGCUUCCGCAUUCCCAUUCCUCGUCUUGCUGAAGACACCACUCUUUCUGGCCACCUGGAGACGGUGCGUGCGGUGCGAGAUGGACAUACUGCAGCUGUACAGGCCGACCUUCCAGGCUUCCUGCUCGCAGAUUCCACUCUUGACGACGAUAUCAAGCCGCCUGCCAACACGACCAUCAAGUCUGUUGCCUCCGCCGAUACUGUUCUCUUGACGGGUGUGACUGGUUUCCUGGGUGCGUUCCUGCUGCAUGACCUGCUGGAGAAUACCUCGGCCAAGAUCAUCUGUCUGGUGCGAUUCAAUGACCCCGAAGUCGACGACCAGGCCGGUGGUGUUGCGCGUAUUCGCCGCAACCUCCUCGACUUGGGUCUCUGGCGCGAUACUAUCAUGGAGCGCGUUGAAGUCCUCCCCGGUAAUCUGUCCCGCCCGCAAUUUGGUCUGUCGCCUGAAGCAUUCGACGACAUCGUGGCCCGUGUUCAGGUCAUUGUGCACGCAGCUGCAACUGUCAACCUGGUCUAUCCCUAUGCUGCCCUUCGUGCCGCCAACGUCGGUGGAACAAGGGAAGUCCUGCGUCUCGCCUCCAAGGCCGGUGCGACCGUGCAGUAUGUCUCGACAAACGGUGUUCUUCCACCGUCUGGCGAGAAGGGUUGGCCCGAGAAUGCCAUGCUAGAUGUUGCAGACGUCCCGACCAAGCUGCUGGAUGGCUACGGUCAGACCAAGUGGGUUGCAGAGCAGCUUGUCCUCAAGGCCGGCGAGCGUGGUCUGCCUGUGAAAAUCCACCGCUGCGGUACAAUCAGCGGCCACAGUCUGACAGGCUCUGCCAACGCCUGGGAUCUUUUGACGGCACUGCUGGUCGAGUCCAUCCGUCUCGGAUACGCACCAGACGUCGAUGGCUGGCGCGCAGAGAUGACCCCCGUCGAUUUCGUCAGUAAAUCGAUCAUCCACCUCGCCACACAAACCGAGUCUGCAGCCGACCAAAUAGUCUUCCAUCUCGGCGACCCCAGCCCGGUCAACACCCGCUCCGUCUUCGAAAACUUGAAGGAACUGGGAUAUCCCACAGAAUCUUUGCCCUGGGAAGAAUGGGUCGCCCUCUGGCUCGAGAAGCGAGGUACCUCUAAGGGCGGCGACGGCGCCUUCACAGUCGACAUCCUACGCAGUGGCAUGCCAACUGUCGAGUUCCUACGCGGCAUUGUUGUUCUUGAUAACUCACUGACAAGACCAUUCCGCGAAGCCGUCGAGCGUCCCAAGGUCGACAGUAUCCUCCUCGAAACCUAUGCCCGCCACUGGUUUGCUCGAGGCUGGCUUCCUCGUCCUCCUUCACGUCAACAAGCCCUCAACCGCCUCACCCAGCCCACAACCAAGGGCCCAUUGAGCGGUAAGGUUGCAGUUGUUACUGGAGCCUCGUCCGGAAUCGGCGCAGCCGUCGCCUGCGCACUCGCCAAACAGGGCGCAUCUGUCGCUCUCGGCGCCCGCCGUCUCGACGCUCUGGAAUUAGUGAAGCGGAAGGUCGAAACCCACGGCGUGAAAUGCAUCAUCCGGUCCACGGACGUUACCAACAAAUCCCAAACCGAAGCCCUAGUCAGCGCCGCAAGCGAAGAACUGGGUAACGUCGACAUCCUUGUCGCCUGCGCAGGCGUCAUGUACUUCACAAUGAUGGCAAACACCCAAACACACGAAUGGGAGCAAACAGUCGACGUAAACUGCAAAGGCCUCCUCAACGCCCUCGCCUCCACAGUCCCCGGCAUGCUCUCCCGCGGCAAAGGCCACAUCGUCGCCAUCUCCUCCGACGCAGGCAGGAAGGUCUUCCCCGGUCUGGGUGUUUACAGCGCGAGCAAAUUCUUCGUCGAGGCGACGCUCCAGGCACUCCGUCUUGAGACGGCGGGACAGGGGUUGAGGGUUACAAGUAUUCAGCCGGGAAAUACGUCGACCCCGUUGCUGAAUAUGAGCACUGAUGCGGAGGCUGUGAAGAAGUUUGGGGAGCCGUCUGGUGCGAAGAUUUUGGAUCCGAGUGAUAUUGCUAAUUCUAUAGUUCAUGCACUUGUUCAGCCGGAGUAUGUUUCUGUUAAUGAGAUGUUGGUUGAGCCCAGGGAUGAGCCGAUUUGA